UUCAUUCGGAACGAAUAAAGUUGUCUGUGCUGUGACGUAUGUCUCGCUCAAAUCGAAAACCUGCUCAGUCACGCUGUGUUGUUAUUCAAUAUGGCUGCGGGGAAACGGGUUGUUCUUGUAACCGGCAGUUCGAGGGGAAUCGGAGCCGAAACUGCUAAAGGAUUUGCAAAGGAAGGAGCCUCAUUGUGCAUCACUGGGUUACCAUCCCAGAAAGAUGAAUUGGCAGAAGUUGCAAAAGUUUGCAAAGAAAAUGGAUCUCCGCAUGUAUUGGAAGUAGCAGCUGAUCUAAGAAAACAAGAAGAUAUGGAUUUGUUGAUGAAUGAAACGAUCAAGACGUUUGGACAACUUGAUGUCUUGGUUAACAACGCAGGAAUCGUAUUGUUCAAAGAUAUAGAAGAGUACACCAGUGAAGAUUUCGAUAAAGUGUUCAGCAUUAAUGUUAAAGCGCCAAUCUAUCUAACCAAGAUUGCAAGGCCAUACCUCAGCAAAACUAAAGGAAACAUCGUCAACUUGUGCAGCGUUGCGAGAGAGACAUACGCUCGCAAUUUCCUUGUGUAUGGGAUGGCAAAAAUAUCAAUUGCCCAUCUAACUAAAACCAUUGCGGCAGAUUUUACCAAGUAUGGAAUACGUUGUAACGCCGUGUGUCCGGGCGUUGUAGAAACUGAUAUAUACGAAGGCACAAUACCUACAGAUCGCAUGCGUAAGAUCAUCGGCUACAACAUAACUAAACUGAGGAAUCGACUCACAACCAAAAGUGAUGUUUCAGACCUCAUAAGGUUCCUUGCUUCAGAUAAGGCGACCAUGAUCACUGGAGAGUUGAUUACUAUUGACGGGGGACGAUCUUUACUUUAAUGUUCAGUAUGCGAACUCAAUAUUUAUACGGAUUAAAUAUAUUUGCAUUUAAUUUAAUGUCCGCAAUAAAAUAUUUUGGAAAA